UAAAGCUUAGUGUUGAUUUGUAAAGUUACAUCUUUUUUGGUUGACUCUGCGCAAAGAAUACUGAUCUGAUUAUGGCAGUUUCUUCUUCUUCUUCAUCGUCUUCUUCUUCUUCUCUUUUCCAAGGGAAGUAUGAUGUUUUCAUUAGUUUUAGAGGAAUAGAUACUCGUGACAACAUUACCAGUCAUGUAUAUGCUGCUUUGUGUAGAGAAAAAAUUGAAACUUUCAUUGAUAACGACCUCGAGAGAGGAGAUGUCAUUUCAGAUGCUCUUCUCAGGACGAUUGCAGAAUCAAAAAUUUUCUUAAUCAUUUUCUCUAAGAACUAUGCUUCUUCAAGAUGGUGCUUAGAUGAACUCGUGAAAAUCAUGGAGUGUAACAAAAAAAAUGGGCAAAUUGUUAUACCAGUCUUUUUCAAGGUGGAUCCAUCACAUGUAAGAAACCAAUCAGGCCCUUUUGGACAAGCUUUAGCUCGGUAUGACGGUCAUCCAAAGAUAGAAACAUGGAGGGCUGCUUUGACAAAAGCUGCUAAUUUAUCUGGAUGGGAUUCACAGGUCACAAGACCUGAGGCUAUGCUUAUUGAAAGUAUUGUUACUGAUAUUUUGGGCAAGCUUUACUACACUGACUCAAGCAAUUUUGGUGAUCUUGUUGGAAUGAGUUCUCGCUAUGAGCAAAUUGAAUCAUUACUAAGCAUGAUUAAUGAAGAUGUUCGCAUCAUUGGACUUUGGGGGAUGGGAGGCAUAGGUAAGACAACACUUGCUAGAGCUUUCUUUAACCAUAAUUUGUCAAAAUUCGAAGGGCAUUGUAUUAUUGAAGAUAUCAGAGAAACAUGUGAGAAGCGUGGACUAAAUGAGUUACGAGAUAAACUGGUCAUUGGAAUAAUGAGAAAUGAGAACUUAAAUAUAGGCACUCCUAAUAUGGGAAUUUCAUUUAUAAGGGAUAGGUUCCGUCGUAAGAAGGUUCUUAUUGUUUUGGAUGAUGUGAAUAAUUUUCAGCAUAUACAACUUUUAGUUGGCCAGCGCAAUUUCCUUGGUCCAGGGAGCAUUGUCAUCAUAACAAGUAGAGACAAACAAGUGCUUAAGAAUGGAGUUGAUAGGAUCUAUGAAGUUCCGCAGUUGGUUCACAAUGACAGUCUCUGUCUUUUUAGCCGAUAUGCUUUCAAACAAGAGCUUCCACCAGAUGGUCAUCACAUGAGAUUGUCAUACAAGGCAAUAAAUUAUGCAAAAGGUAAUCCAUUGGCUCUUAAAAUCUUGGGUUCCCAUUUAUAUGGAAGGAGCAAGCAAGAACAGGAAAGUGCAUUGAGGAAAUUAGAAAGAACCCCAAACAAGGAUGUGCAGCAAGUGUUGCUUAUCAGUUAUGAUGGAUUGGACCCCCAAGAAAAAAAGAUGUUUCUUAAUCUUGCAUGUUUCUUUAAAGGAGUAGAUGUUGAUGAAGUCAAAUACUUUCAUGUUGCCUGCAAUUAUUCUACGGACAUCGGAUUUGCUGUGCUUAUCGACAAAUCUCUUAUAACUGUUAAAAUGGGUCGAGUAUGGAUGCAUGACCUGCUACAAGAAAUGGGUCGACAAAUUGUUCAUGUAGAAUCCAUUGAAGAGCCAGGGGAACGUAGUAGGCUAUGGGAUUAUGGUGACAUCAGUCAUGUAUUGACAAAUAACACGGGGACUGUGGCAGUCAAAGGUAUCUUUUUGGAGAUGUUUAAUCCGAAACGCUUAAACAUAAAUUCAGCAGCAUUUGAAAGGAUGCACAAUCUCGAGUUCCUCAAAAUCAUGAGUAAUUCGUCUAAUGUGUGCCUUCCUCAUGGCCUUGAUUCUCUUCCUAACAAGUUAAGAUAUAUGGAUUGGCAUCAUUACCCUUUGACGUAUUUACCAUCAAAUUUUCUUGCGGAGAGUCUAGUUAAGCUCGAAAUGUGUAAUAGCCAUGUUGAACGACUAUGGAAUGGAAGACAGAAUCUUGUGCACUUGAAGAAGAUUUUUCUCUCUAACUCGAACAAGUUGAUUGAAAUUCCAGACCUCUCACUGGCUAUAAAUCUUGAAUGCCUGUAUCUUGGGGGAUGUUCCCGCCUCAAGAAAUUUCCGGAGGUAUCAUUGAAAAUCCAAGUUUUAAUCUUAGAUGGGACUGCAAUUGAAGAAAUUCCAUCGACAAUCUGCAAUCUCAAAUCCUUAGUUGCGUUGGACCUUGCUGGGUGCACGAGGCUUAGGCAUCUCCCCACCAACAUUUAUAAACUGAAAUCGCUCUGGCAUUUUGGUCUAUGUUUUCCAUUGAAGAAAAGGGAGCAUCAACAAGAAGUUAAUAUACAUUUGAGGGAGUUAACAGAACUUUUUGUUUGGUUAUCUUCCGUGGAAACCCUAAAUCUCUCUGGAAACAAUUUUCAGAAAAUACCUGUUGCCAUCAAACAGCUCACUAAUCUCAAAAAUCUUAUCCUGGAGGACUGCAGGAGGCUUCAAUCACUGCCUCAGCUUCCAAAGAAUGUUCGAUUUAUAUAUGCAGCGAGUUGCAUAUCACUAGAGACGGUGGCAAGUCCUUUAUCCAUGGCAGCCAGAGGAGACUUUGGCUCUUACCCAGAUUACAUGCCCUUUGAAUUUGAAUUUCAUUUUCAAAAUUGCUGGAAAUUGGACCAAAAUGCACGAAACAGCAUAGUUUCAGAAGUAGAAUCGAAGUUGCUACACUUGAAAGCUAAUCAUCAGGAAAGCGAAGUGGAUACUAGACCAUCCAAGAUCAUUUUUCCAGGAGGUGAUGUUCCAGAGUGGUUCAACUAUAAAAGCAGGGGAUCCUCACUAACUGUAAAGCUUCCUACACAUUGGUGUAAUGCUGAGUUAUUCUGCUUGGUUUUCUGCAUUGUUCUUGAAUGCAACGACCUCCCCAAGUACUUCAUUCGCUAUGUUGUUCACUAUAAUUUCCAUAUAAGAAACAACAAAGGGGUCAACAUCAGUCACACCUCUUUUGAGUGUCUUUGGAGUUCUGAAGAUGCUAUUCAGUCAAAUCAAUAUGUUUAAUUUAUGAUCAAUCAUUGCAAAAUUAUGGGAGAAGGAAACCUAAAGAAGCAGAUGAUGCGGAUGAGAUCUCAAUUGAAUUCUAUUUUGAAAAAGAUUCUAUAAACUAUUGUGCAGUCAAAAAGUGUGGCAUCCAUUUGCUAUACACUCGUGACAUAGAAGAUAGAUAUUGUCGUUCAGUGGUCCAACCUAACUCUCCUUGUGGUGAUCUGACCCAAUUCUUCUUGAAGCAAGAUUGUGUGGAUGAUGUUGAAGAAUCAGUGACACAAGAUGCUAAAGAUAAUGGAGGCUAUAAUGACAAAAGUUUCAAUGUGGGCAACCCUAUUGAAAAGUUAGCUCCAGUACUAAGCAGGAAGAAAAUGAAAUGGAAGCUAAAUACAUUUACAUUUACAAAAUUUCUAAGGGUUCGACGAAAAUCAACUCGAAAAGUUUCGAGAAACUAUUGUAAGGUCAAAAAGAGUUCCCUAUGGCAGAGAAGAUGGAUAUAGACCUUCAAUGAUCCAACCUAACUCUCCUUGGGAUGACGCGACCAGUCCUCCUUGAAGCAAGUUAUGUGGAUGAUGAUGUCAAAGAGCCAUUGUUACAAGAUACUAAAGCUAAUGGAGGCUAUAGUGACAAUUGUUUCAACGUGGACAACCGUGGGGAAGAUUCAGCUCCAGCGAGGAAGAAAAGGAUAAAAAUAAAGAUGGGCCUGGGUAAAUCAUUCUCUGUUCUCCUUUUUGUGAUAUUUUAGCCUUUCCAUUGUGUUAUACUUUUCUUCUACAUAUAUUUUUGGUGUUAUGCUACUAGAUAUUCAAUCCCCAAUAACUGGUUUUUAUUGGAAGCUUUUUCUCCCCCCUUCAAUUCUAUCCAGUUCUGCUCCUGUUUCCGCACAAUUUCUCCAGCUCAAGAGUGAUUCACCCUCUCAGGCUUCUUUCUGUUUUUUAUGUUUUAUUCUUUGCCUUCUGUUACAUAUAUUUCGUGCUAUGUUAGAAAGCAUUCAUGUCAAGAAGAAAGACCAAUAUGACAAUGAUCAUUAAUAUUAUUUUGCUUUCAUUGUUCUCCUAUAUAC